CUGGGGGGUCUGCGGCGGGCGCGGGGUCGUCAUGAGUUCCCCGCUGCCCGCCCGCAAGGGGUUCUACCGUCAGGAAGUGACCAAGACCGCAUGGGAGGUGCGCGCCGUGUACCAGGCCCUGCAGCCGCUGGGCUCGGGCGCCUACGGAGCCGUGUGCUCCGCAGUGGACAGCCGCACGGGCGCCAAGGUGGCCAUCAAGAAGCUGUACCGCCCCUUCCAGUCGGAGCUGUUCGCCAAGCGCGCCUACCGCGAGCUGCGCCUCCUCAAACACAUGCGCCAUGAAAAUGUGAUUGGGCUACUGGACGUGUUCACUCCCGAUGAGACUCUGGACGACUUCUCUGACUUCUAUCUCGUGAUGCCAUUCAUGGGCACUGACCUGGGCAAGCUCAUGAAACACGAGACGCUGAGCGAAGAUCGCAUCCAGUUCCUUGUAUACCAGAUGCUGAAGGGGCUCAAGUACAUCCACGCCGCGGGCAUCAUCCAUCGGGACUUGAAGCCCAGCAACCUGGCAGUGAAUGAGGACUGUGAGCUGAAGAUUCUGGACUUCGGCCUGGCCAGGCAGGCAGAUAGUGAGAUGACAGGGUACGUGGUGACCCGGUGGUACCGGGCACCCGAGGUCAUCCUGAACUGGAUGCGCUACACGCAGACUGUGGACAUCUGGUCGGUGGGCUGCAUCAUGGCAGAGAUGAUUACUGGGAAGACUCUGUUUAAGGGCAAUGACCACCUGGACCAGCUGAAGGAGAUCAUGAAGGUGACGGGGACACCCCCAGCCGAGUUUGUGCAGAGGCUGCAGAGUGCUGAUGCCAAGAACUACAUGAAGGGUCUUCCUGAGCUGGAGAAGAAGGACUUUGCCUCCAUCCUAACCAACGCCAGCCCCCUGGCGGUGAACCUCCUGGAGAAGAUGCUGGUGCUGGAUGCGGAGCAGCGGGUGACGGCAGCCGAGGCGCUGGCCCACCCUUACUUUGAGGUCCUGCAUGACGCGGAGGACGAGCCGACAGCACAAAAGUAUGACGACUCCUUUGAUGAUGUGGACCGCACGCUGGACGAGUGGAAGCGUGUCACCUAUAAAGAAGUGCUCGGCUUCAAGCCUCCUCGGCAGCUGGGGUCCAGGGGCUCCAAGGAGACGGCCCUGUGAAGACCUCUGGGUCUGGAAGCAGAGAUGGGCACACCAUGA